CGCAAAGAGAGCGGGUGAAAGUCGGCAUUAGCAGUGUUUGAUGAGAAAGAAAAAAAACUGCAGACGAGAGGGAUGUAAUGCUGAAAGAAGGAAAACUUGGAAUGUGUCGAAAGGAAGCGAGAGGAACGACUAUUUGAGGAUGCCAACGGCUUAAUGAAUGCUAUAAAGGACCUAAAGGUGAAAGGGACAGUUUAAUGAAAUCCUUCAGUGACGACGCCGUAUAAGUAUGUUGUCCAAUAUUCUUGGAAUAGUUUGCUUGUUUUCAUUGAACGAUAAUAAUCAUAAACGACAGUAUGGGAUUCCACAGAGAAAAGUGUUCUUUAAGUACCUGAAUGCGACAGAUAGGAGUAUAUAAAAGGACGUUUAACGUAAAUGAGUAUUUUUCUAGACUUUUUCGCGCUACCUAAUUUAAAGCUAAUAUAAAUAAUUUUAUUUGGAAAUAAAUUAAUUGAUUCAUUCGAAUCAACGAGGAAAAUGUAUUGGGGGAAAGCACUUUUGUUUUUCUUACUUUUGAACCGUGUGACCAUGAGUUUGUCGCUGUCCACUUGCGCUACUGUGGACAUAGACAACAUAAAAAAGAAGAGAGUUGAAGCAAUCCGAGGACAAAUUCUGAGCAAGCUUCGACUUACCAGUACACCACAAUCAUCACCUUACCAAGUCCCCUUCCAAGUUCUGGCGCUGUAUAACAGUACGAAAGAGUUGCUUGAUGAAUUGGGGAAGGACCGGCAGCAAUCUUGCGGUCAAGACAACACGGAAACCGAAUACUACGCCAAAGAGAUAUAUAAAAUCAACAUGAUUCAAGGAGCGACGGAUAACAACGAACUGCACCAGUGUCCAAAGGGUAUCACCUCCAAGGUGUUCCGCUUCAAUGUCUCUGUGAUGGAGAAAAAUGCCACUAACCUGUUCCGGGCCGAGUUUCGGGCCAUGCGCGUGCCCAAUGCCAACGCCAAGAGGAACGAGCAACGGAUCGAACUCUACCAGAUCCUGAGACCAGAGGGUCACAUCGCUAAGCAGCGCUACAUUGGUGGCAGGAACAUCCUGACCAAAGGCACACUUGAGUGGGUCUCCUUCGACGUGACUGAGACUGUGCGGGAGUGGCUCAUGUACCGCGAGACUAACCUAGGCCUGGAGAUCAGUGUGCACUGCCCCUGCCACACCUUUGGUCCAAACAGUGACAUCAUUGAAAAUGUCAACGAGGUGCUGGACGUCAGGUUCAAAGAAGCGGAGGGAGAUUAUGAAGACACAGCAGGCCGGGCAAAGAAGCAGAAGGGAGGGGAGCUCCUCCCCCACCUUAUCCUAAUGAUGCUGCCCCCACACCGCCUGGAUGGCCCGUCGUCCUCCCACCGACGCAAGCGUGCACUGGACACUAACUACUGUUUCACUAACUAUGAGGAGAACUGCUGCGUGCGCCCACUGUACAUAGAUUUCCGCCGGGACCUGGAUUGGAAGUGGAUACAUGAGCCCAAGGGGUACUAUGCCAACUUCUGCUCUGGCCCUUGCCCAUACCUGCACAGUGCUGACACCAUCCACAGCCAGCUUCUCGGUCGGUACAACGAACUAAACCCAAAGGCUUCCGCCUCGCCCUGCUGCGUACCCCAAGACCUGGAGCCGCUCACUAUCCUGUACUACUCUGGCCGCAACCCCAAGGUGGAGCAGCUCUCCAACAUGAUUGUCAAAUCCUGCAAGUGCAGUUGAGAGUACAGCAAGGGUGUGAGUGGGGGCAGGGGGCUGGACCAAGGGCAGGGAUGGGGGUGGGAGCACCAUGGGUUGGCAGUGGCCAUGCAGCAGAGGGGACUGUCAAAAUAAGAGCACCCUCAUCUGGACAGCCAUGAAUGCCGCAGGUCUUCCUGAGCAACAACACACAUUUUGAAGAGCCACUCUGCAACCAUUUGCAAAAUUUAAGGACUACAAAAUAGACUUGCGGAUCCUACCGUUUUCUUCCUCUUGCCCUUUCAAUGCUGUUAAAACAACCAAUCCUUUUCUUUUCCUUCUCAUUUAGCCUUUCAGCUGUCUUUUUACUUCUGACAAUCCCUGGGUAUUUCCUACAGACAAAAGAGACAGACAAAACAUGUCUCAAACCACAAGAAACAUUUUGUGCUGUCCGGGACACAGCUACACCUGGAAAGGAAGGCUGAAAGGCUGGUGGAAUUAAGAUUGAAAUUUAGAAACAGUUACAACAAGCACUGCCCGGCUAAAGGCAUGAGGACCAAUACCUUUUUGAAGGGGAACACCUUAAAUUCUUAUCUUUUGAAAACAGGGGGAUUCUCCAUGCUGGGAAAGCCAGUAAUGUAUGUACCUGGGAGCUGGGCACUUUCUACCUAGACUUGCUGACAGUAGUCAAGUAGUAAGAACAGAACCUUCUGGAAAAAAAAGCAUUUGUUAAAAAAUUAAAAGGUAUCAUUGUUAUGUUUACCUCUGUAUUGCAACAGAAUUUUUAGGGACGUUUUUUUGCUCAUGAAUGGAAUCAGAUUCUGUUGUACAAUCUAUAUCGCCUAGUGAAUAUUUCACUAAUAGAAAAAUUGUUCAUGUUUUUAAUGCUAUUACACCUGAAAACACUUUUUAUAUUAAAAUGAUCUUGGAUGGAUGAUAUUUUUUCACAAUUCACUUCAUUUUUCAAUGUCUCAGAUGUAGUAGCAGACAUAAUUGGGGGCUAAGCAGCGAAGCUGCAUAGGCAUAUAGUGUGUUUCUACCUUUUCUUAUUAUUACUCACCAUCUUCAUAUUUUUAUUCUGGCUCGGGUGUCUAUGGCAGCUCCUAAAACCAUGUGAUGAAAAAAUUUGAAAUUUGGCACACUGAUUGGGGACAGUCUCAUGAUUCUUUUCACUAAGAUUCAUGUCUCCACCUCGAGCACUCUAGCAGCACUAAUGGAUCAACAUUUUUGCAUGUACGUUUUGAGCCAAACAGGAAGUGAUCUCUUAUUUCAACAAUGCUUUGAUGUAUUGACACCAAAUUUGGUCCAUACCCCUUCCUGAGGAUGCAUGCAAAAAAAGUUCAUCAUUUGACCACCGCAAUCAGUAAAAACGUGUUUUGCCCAAUAACGUGUUAGCCGUAAAAAAUCAUUUUUGUGUGGGGUUGUAUCUUGGGAGAUCCCACAGAUACAAAAGCAUUAGUCAAUUACAGUCAAUAGAAAAUGGCUACAAAGUUGCCAAACAGAAAGUGAGGUCAUAACUCAGCAAUGCUUUGAUGUAACAAAACCAAACUUGGUAAAUAUCCCAGCACUAAGCACCAAAAACAUCUGUGAUUUGACCACUGGGGGGGCACUACAAUAAGCAAAACAUGUGUUUGCUUAAAAAAAUUCUCCUGUCUGGUGAGAGGUCCCAAGGCCAAGAUGUGGCAACUUUUCAUGUCAACCUUAUUGAUGCAGCCGCCAUAUUGGAUUUUAUCAAAAUGUUGAAAAAAAAUUCACAGCCCACUAAGUUUGCCCAAUCUUCAACAAAUUUGGCACAGAUGAUAUUCGGACCAAGCCUCACAAAAGUCAUGAGAUGGAUUGGGGUGAGAAGUGAGGGCAUAUGAGGAAGUGAGGUGUCAUUUGACCACUGGGGGGUGCUGCAAUAAACAAAAACAACUUUUUUGCCUGAGAA